GGCAAAAUCUAGACAAUGGUCCGCUGUUGGAAACCACGUACUCUCUCUAGACUUCAUCUCCCCAAUCAAACCACUAAAAGGGACGCACACGAGAGGGGGUGGGGGGUAAAAGGCCACACGUUAUUCUAAUAAUUGGGGUCCUCUCAUUCAAAUCGUCUUAUCUUUCCUCUCUUUUUAAGCUCACAACACCAAUUCAAACCCCAUUCUUCCUUCACUCUGAGGCCAAACUACACUAUGGGCGAGCUAACCGUUUUCAAUGGCUCCAAUGAUCACAAAUGUCACUUCGUUUUAGUCCCAUUAAUGGCCCAAGGCCAUAUGAUACCCAUGGUGGACAUGGCCCAAAUCAUAGCGGCCCGUGGCGCUCUCGUUAGCUUCGUCACCACUCCUGUCAAUGCGGCCCGAAUAAGGCCCAUUAUAGAUCGAGUCAAGUCCCACGGACUCCCCAUCCGAUUCGUCGAGCUCACGUUCCCUUGUGCUGAAAGCGGACUCCCGGAAGGUUGUGAAAACGUCGACCUUCUCCCAUCCAUGGAUCUAACUAGGCCUUUUUUCGACGCGGUAAGCUUGCUUCGCGGGCCUUUUGAAUCUUUUGUUCGAGAUGUUGAGCCCGUCCCGAGCUGCAUGAUCGUGGAUUAUUGCAGCUCGUUCACUGCCGGGAUCGCUCAGGAGAUGGAUAUUCCGAGGAUAAUCUUCCACGGGCCAUCGUGUUUUUACAUUCUAUGCUUUCAAAACCUGUGGGAGCACAAGGAAUAUCACGAAGUGGAUGAGUUUGAGCCCAUAGUUAUACCCGACAUGGCCCAACAGGUAAAAAUCUCAAGGGCCCAAGCCCCGGGCUGGUUUCCCGGGCCGGAUUGGAAAGAGGUCCGGGACAAGGCUAUGGAGGCAGAGGUAUCGGCCCAGGGUGUCAUUGUAAAUACUUUCCAUGAAUUGGAGCCCGAAUUCGUCGAAUGCUAUAGGAAAAAGAUAAAAAAGCCCGUCUGGCCCAUCGGGCCAUUUUCUUUGUACAACAAAGAUUUCACCAGCAAGGCCUCAAGGGGUAAGAAAUCAUCCGUUGAUGAGCGUCAGGUGUCGAGCUGGCUGGACUCGAAGGAGACAAGAUCCGUUGUAUUCGUCAACUUUGGUAGCCUUGUCCGCACGAAAGUAUGCCAACUUAUCGAGAUAGGACGUGGAUUAUUAGCAUCGAACCGCCCGUUCAUUUGGGUGCUCAAGGAAGAGGAGGAGUGCUGUCCGGAGUUCAGGCAAUGGAUGUCCGAAGAGCUCGAGGGGAUGGAAGCCGGGGAAAGAAGCCUCGUAAUCACGGGGUGGGCCCCACAAGCGGUGAUUCUCUCUCACCCUUCUGUCGGAGGGUUCGUGACGCACUGCGGAUGGAACUCGAUACUGGAGGCGGUCUGCGCGGGAGUGCCGAUGAUAACGUGGCCGCACUUUGCGGACCAGUUUCUUAACGAAAAACUGGUUGUGGAAGUGCUCAAGGUCGGUGUCGAUAUCGGCGUUAGGAUACCCGUUUACAUGAUGAAGGAAAACGAAGUGUCGGUGAAGGGAGAAGCUGUGGAGAAGGCUAUUUCGAGAUUGAUGGAUGAUGAAACUGAUGAAGAAAGCAAGGAGAGGAGGGGUAGGGCUGCAAAACUCGCACAAAAUGCUUGGAAGGCGAUGGAAGAAGGGGGGUCUUCCUAUGAGAACCUCACUCGCUUAAUUGAAUACGUCUCUGAAAGCUCAAAAUUGGCAUAACCCGCAGAGAAGUGUUUGGUUGUAUUCUGUAAUAUUCAUAAACGUAUUGGCGUACGUACAUCACAAAUACUCUGAACGAAUAUUUUCAUUUGUUGUGAUCUAGGCUUCUAUACAAACAAUAUGACUUUGACUGAA